AUGUAUGCCGCCGACUGCGUGGGCGACCAGGGCCGAGUCCUGGGCAUCGACCUCCGAGAGGUCACGCUCCGGCUCCCGUCUAACUGCAAGACGCGGGUGGAGGACGCCUACAAGUUCCGCGGAGGCAGCGUUCCGCAGCUGGACGUGGUCAUGAGCGACAUGGCACCCGACAUGGGGGUCAACAAGCAGUUCGACCACCUGGAGAGCUGCUGCCUCGUAGAACUUGCUAUGGGCGGGACCCCGCGCACGGUCGCCGCGUCGGGCGGCCGCCAGACCCGUGUGCACACCGCUGCUUGCGGCGUGGAUGUGCGCGCCUGGUCGAAGCGUGCCCAGCCAAAAGCAGGCGGCGACGCCGCGAGGUCGGUGGCCAGCGGCCGCGGGCGGGGGCGCACGCGGGCCCGCGAGAUGGCGAAGGCGCACCUCCGUCAGGGCCCACCAGAUGGCGAAUGCGCACUUGCGUCAGGUCCCGAGCUCUCAGACCUGGACGAGGACGCCGUGGCAUUCGACGUGGUGGACGAGGUAAGCGCCGACGCGCUGGCCCGGGGCAUUUGCGACAGAGCCAGCGCAAGGCAUUAA